AUGGACGCCUUUUCCGACUCUGGUGAAUUAUACACCAUAAGAUACCAAUUUUACACCAACCAAUACCACAAAGUCAAAUCUUACUCACUUGAGGAAUUUUCCGAGGAGAAUCAAUUGAAAGUGUUCGAAUUUCAAAUUAGAUCUACAGUGGCUUUAGAUCAGGAUGCAUCACAAUUAAUAGAACAAGGUAAAACUAGGUUUCCUGACAAUGAAGAGUUUUUCCAAUUACUACAAGCGUGGAAUGACUUGCAUGAUUUUGGCACUGAUGACUCUACCUACUUUGAAGAUUUAAAACAAGCUAAAUUUGAAUUACAAGCCAUAUUGGCAUCACUUUACUUGGUUAAGUUUGCUAAAGACAUAGAUCAAAGUAUUAAGUUCCUUACUGAUUACAUUGAUAAAUUGAACAAUUUACAAAAGUACAACGAGAUUGAAGUGUUUUUAAUUUUGAUUCAAUUGUAUUUCAUUAAAGGGAAUUUCAAACAAGCUACUUUCAUUUUCAAAGUGUUGAACCUGUUUCCUGAUUUUUCCCGCGAUAACAUUAUUUACCAAAUCAUUGAGAGUUGGUAUAUCAGUAUUCAAAAUGGAACUGAUAAUGUCAACAAUAGCUAUUCAUUAUAUGACGAAGUUUUGAGUAAUAGUUAUAGUGAUGAUGACAACAAGGGUAAAGUUCACAACUUGACAGUAUUGUUGGUAUUGACUUUACAAUUGAAACAUUACCCUGAAGCACAAGAAGUCUUGGAUCAAAUAUCAACUUUAACUGAUGAAAAGAAUGCUGAUUUGAUCGCUAAUCAAAUAACAUUGGAUAGGUUGGUCAAUUACGGGCAAGAAACCAACGGGUUGUUAGCAGAGUUGAAGAAGGUGAAUGUUGAGCAUGAAUUGAUUAAAGAUGAAGAGUCAAAGAAUGAAAUAUUCGAUGCAAUUGUAGCCAAAUAUCAAACUGUAUAG